AUGGCAGGAAAACCUUCCACCGCUACGCCGCUCAAAGCAGAUAACCCCACGGUUAAGCUGGCUCAGGCAAAAGAGGAGACGGUUCCAACUGUCGUCCAUUUCACGGAUGGUACCACCGAGAAAGAAGCCUUCUAUUUGAAGCUGCUCAAGUCAAGCCUUGCCGAUGAAACAUUGUCCGACCUUCGAGCGAACAUUGCUGGUUUGACUGGCAGUAUUGAGAUCUCGCAUCAUCCUUUCUUGAAUGAAGCUGCGACCGGACCCGCCUUCAAAUACGUGCCUGAGCUGGAAGAACGAGACUGGGCAGUGGUGAGCGAAAGUAACGCCCUCUGUUAUGGCAUUCGCGUCAUUUGGGAAAAGAAAAAAACCGAUGAAAAUACACCAAAAAAGACGCCGGCACCGGGAUCUACGGAGGAGGACAGGGGCGUGCCGGUUGCGCUUGAGAGAGCUCGGUAUCCAGCCUUCCGUCUGAGAAAGAGGACAAUUUACUCGGAUGCUCUCCCCAACUCAAGCAUCAGGGGUGUGAAACUCGAUCUUCGGGUGCCUGAUUACAUCAUAGACGACAGGUCGUAUGUCGCGACAUACGAGACUGAGACUGAGAUCCAGGCGUCAAUGGCCAGUUCGUCCUUUUCCGAGACGGACGUCUCGGCAGCGGGCGGUGGAUCCGUCUUUGGCUUCUCACUGGAGGUCUCCGCAAGCUAUAGUCAAUCGAGCUCGGCGAAGGAUAGUAGCGAAUCGACCAAGAAGAGCAAAAAAGUAACAAUCGCCUAUAACUUUCCUCGAGUUACCAUUUUCUUGGACGAACGUAGCUUGGAAUUGACGCCAGAGUGUAGCGCUGCCUUGGCUUUGGUUACGGACGCAGCCAGCCUCAGAAAAUUCCAAGACGAAUACGGCGAGUUCUUUAGCAGCAGAGUCCAACUUGGCGGACGUCUCUUCGCCACAGAAGACGUCGCAUCGUCCGCCUCUAGUAGUAGCCGUGAGGUGGUUUCGGCGAUGAAAGCUGCAGCUUCCGCCUCGUUCAGUGGCUGGGGUGCUUCGGCAUCAGUCUCGGCGUCACAUGGGCAAGAAUCGAAGGCAUCGCAGUCAGGCUCUACGAGAAGCGCCACUAUGAGCCUCACCUGGCAAGCCAACGGCGGAGACACACUCUUGUGUAAUCACCCAACGCAAUGGGCUCCAACCGUCGCACAUCAUUGGAAUUGGAGAAUCACUAAGCAAGACAAAAUCGCUGGCCUCCUUGACUCGAUAGCACAGCUUCGUGGCAUGGAAGGACUGGCAGCGGAAGCGGAAAGAUGGGGCGUCAAAACACCUCUCGAGAUCCUCCGAGCCAAACCUAAGCCGCCCAAACAGUCCAACACAUUCACGUUGAAUGCGGAAGAUUGCCCGACCGGCAGGUUUCUCUUGGCUUACCCCGCAGACGCCUACGACCUAUGUAUGACCCGCGUAUUCCUGGACUCAAAUGUCCAGUCUCGUGGCUGUGUUCUCUUGGGGCCCAAGAAAGUGGAGCUUAGGCAGGAACUGUUACUUUACGAGGCCGAAUCCGCGAACGGCGAUCCGGCUACUGAGAUCAAAUACGGAACCAAAUAUCGCGUAAAGAACAAGAGCACGGACGGCGCUGGCAAUGAAGGCUCUGGAGUUGUCCCGGAUGGCGGCACGGUAACACUGCACUUCUUCAAGUAUGAUAACCCUCUGGAGUCGAGUGGCUAUGUUCACGUCAUAGUUGAGGAUAAGCGGAACGCAUACUUGUGUGUGAAGAGGACGACGGACUCUGGGACGCUUCCCCCGGCCUUGAAGUUGGUUAUGAAAUAUUCUUAG